AUGGGAGUGAAACCCUCACUAGCUCCAAACAAUCCAGCUUUGAUUGCUAGCCAGCAAUGUCUUGUGUUCCAUGCAUGUCUCACAAGAUCAAGGAACAAUAAGAAUACUAGUAGCAGUCAAGUGUCAGAUCAAUGGGCAAGUAUUCCCCUUCUCUUUUUGAUUCUGGAUAAGUUGUGGGAAACCUCUGACCAUAUUCGGGUUGCUGGCGUUUGCAAGCAAUGGCGUGUUGCUGCGAAAGAAUACAAUCGCAUAACGCAACGUUGGCGUGAACUUCCUCUUCCCAUGCUUCUGAUUCCAACAGCAUUUGGAGGAAAGCUAGAAAUGUACAGCUUUCCUGGAGGAAAAAUCUCCGACAUUGAGUUAUCAUUGCCUUGUAAUACGAUUAGUAUGUGCCAUGGCCAUGGCUGGUUAGCCACAAUGGAUGUACCAGAGCCUAUUUUGUUCGCGCACCCAAAAACUCCGACUGUAAUAACUCUGGUGAACCCUUUCAGAAAAGCAGCGGUGCCCAUUCAUCUUCAUCACUUGAGUUUCAGUUACCAGCAUAUGUAUGAAGUCGUCCGAAAGUACUCCCCCGAGGUCUUAUUCCCGAAGGUUAUCUUAUCUGAGGAUCCCACAUUGAAUCCAGACAGUUAUAUGGUUGCAGUACUUCACAAACAUGAACCUGAGUUGGCUUUCAACAAAGGAGGAAGAAAAGAUUGGAUUUGCACCGGGGAAAUUACACGGGGCUUGCUUAUGGAUGUUAUAUGUCAUAAAAGUCAAGUCUUUGCAGUUGCAGAGUCGGGAGACAUUUUUUCCAUUAAUAUCAGUUGGAAGCGAAGAAAAGCAACGAUUCUUACCUUGCAAGAAUGUCCAUUCGCAGGUUUCGCUUAUAAAGCUUAUCUGGUGGAAUCAACUAAGGGAGACUUGUUGCAUGUUCGAAGAUUGGAUAAGGAAGAGGGAUUCAUGGUUUACAAGUUGGUGUUCAAUGGGAGGGAUGGAUCUGUGCAGCAUGUUGAAUUGAGAAGUCUUGGAGAUGAGGUUAUGUUUCUGAGUGACAAUUGUGGUAUCUCAGUUUUGGCUUCAAACUUUCCUCAGUGCCAACGCAAUUCCAUAUAUUACGUAGAUCAUUGUGCAAAGAAUAAAAUAGGCCGUUUCAAUUUAGAGGAUGAAACUAUUACAGGAUAUGACUACUCUUUGUCCAUGCCCAAAGCUCUUUGGAUUGCGCACCUGUUUACUGGGCUCUGCUAG